CCUGGUUACACACGGUGGAUGCGGUGUGCAGCUGCCGCGCUGCUGAUGAAAGCAUGUGUCAAUGGUUAAUCGGCGUGGGCCAGCAUCUGCUAGCAUCCGAUAAAUUGAAUUCACGCAUGAGUAACCGUGGCAGCCGCCGGCCCGCGGAUAAUGUCCGCUUUUCAAGACCCACUCUGGAAGCUGACAGGCCAAUAUCUCCAGUGAAGAGAGUCAGCUCUUUGAGACCUCAUUCACGGGAGUGAGAGCCCAGGCACGAGAUCGUGGACGCGACAGAGACCGGGAAUGUGGAACAAUCGGAAAAUCAUAUGCAAUGAUGAGUGAUGGCGGAGCUGAUGCCGGGUUAGGUGGCUCGGUGAGUCAUCGGCUGAGCGAGUCAACGAUGCGCGCGGCAAAUCGGGUCUUCGGGGACUUCUGUCUUUGUUCGUCAGUCAGCAAUCGCGCGAUCGCAUAUAAUACACAGCGCUUUUUCUCAGAUGGACACACCGGUAACCACCACCCCCAUCCCCGCCUCUCGCAGUCCUCCUUCAAGACAUCCAUCACCUGCAGCUCUUUGACAACGAAAUGUCUGACUACUCCUCCUGGUCGCCUGUCUCCUCCUCCUCCUCCUCUGGCUCGAGCCGCAGCUCGCCAGUCCACUCGGCCUCCCUUGUGGAUCCCAUCUCACACUCCCCUGCUAUGAUGCAGCUCAUCGAGACUGAGAUCUCGCAUUCUUUCAUCGAUUACAUUGUCGAAAGGGUGGCAGACACCGUAUACUACGCUCUGGGCCGCGAUAACGCAUCGUACCGCACAACCCCGGCCCGCCAGUCGAAAUACGCGGCUAAAUUCGCCAACUUUGUAUCUACCAUCGUCUCCCGUGCCGAAGUUACACCGUCGACGCUUCUUGUCGCACUUGUCUACAUUGCGCGGGCACGGCCCCAUCUCUCCAUCGCCCUCGAGGACUGGGCAUUCGAGCGUGUCUUCCUCGGCGCGCUCAUCGUCGCGAGCAAGUUCACGCAGGACAGCACGCUCAAGAACGUACACUGGGCACUCUGCACCGGCGUGUUCGGAAAGGGCGACAUCGGCCGGAUAGAGCGCGAGUUCCUCGAAGUUCUCGACUGGGAGCUUAACGUGCGGGAGGAUGAGAUCGUUGCGCACUGGGGUGGUAUCAUGGCUGCGCUCAACGUCGUCGACACGGACAUGGACAUUGAGCUGGUUCCGUCGCUCUCCAAGCGCGCUCACCACCGCCAUGAAUCGCCAACUCGCGUUGUGCCUGAGCUCGAGGCCUCCAGCCCGACCAGCACGUGUGUCAGCCUGUCUCCCCGCACGCCGUUUACGUCCCGGCCGUCGUCGCCUGUCUAUCACGAUGAAGCCGAGUCUUCGCAUAUGGAAGUUGACGCGGAUAAAUCGGAACUGGAAUCCCCUGCCGUCGCUGCGGGCAAGUCGCUGCCCGUUGCGUGCAAGCUCGCUACGAAGAUGCGGGACAUGUUCCACCCCGUGCGACAUUCGCGGCCGGUCAUGGUGGACUAGAGAGCCAACGGCUUCUCUGAGUGCAGACCACCGCGAACAAACCUUUCGAUCCGCGCCUUGACGACGCCUUUCGACAUCUAACCGACAAUACUGAUCUAGCUAGCCCCAGUGCCAUGCCUGAAAACGCGGCGCCACUGUGCUGCUGGAGAUCGAUGCGAUAUAAUCGUCUCCGAAUACACUCCCAGCCGAUAGAUACAUACUUGCCCCCACUCAUUAACCUGCCACGAACGGUUGUAGAUACUUGCUUCGUUACACCCACAUGUAGAUAACUAACUGUGUUCGAACAUCUCACCC